UAUAACAGCAGUAGAAGAAGAAGACGUUGCGCAUGUGGAUUAUGUGCAUUUCUAGUGUUUAUGUUUAACUGGUGAUUUUAUUAUUUGUUGUUUAACAAAGAUGAGCACUAAAGCUGUGCGCCUUUUUCGUAAACUGGACGGACUGUUUGCUGUGUACAAACCGCAGGGAGUUCACUGGAAGCUUGUUCGUGAUACCAUAGAGUCACAUUUACUCAAAGAACUAAACUCCUGCCCUCAGCCGGCUCCUCGGAAGGCUGUGCAGUUCCAGCUUUUGUCCAGUGGAGAAAACAAAAGCUCUACAGAUCUCAUAUUAUCACCCUCCAUGGUUCCCUCUCUAUCAGAUCAUCCUCUAGUGACAGGACCACAGUUUAACAAAGUUCACGUUGGAGUUGGACAUCGCUUGGAUGCCUUUUCAUCUGGAGUAUUAGUUUUAGGCUUGGGGAAAUCAAAUGGACUACUUGAGCAUCUGUGCAAAUCACAUGUAACCAGGGACUACACACUUGAUGGGCAGUUUGGAAUGGCCACAGAUAAUUUCUCUCACACAGGUCGAGUCAUAGAGAAAACCACAUACGACCAUGUAACCCAGGAUAAGUUAGAGAGAGUCCUUGCCAUGAUCCAAGGAGCCAAUCAGAAAGCUUUAAUUACGUAUUCUCAUGUAGACCUACAGACUCAAGAGGCCUAUGAGCUUGCACUGAGGGGUUUAUUGUAUCCUGAUGGUAAAAGUCCUCCUAUUCUGACUGGCCUGCGAUGUAUACAUUUCAAACCACCACAUUUUACUUUGGAGGUUCAGUGCGUAAAUGAGACUCAGACGUAUCUACGCAAAUUCAUUCAUGAGGUGGGAUUAGAGCUGCGGACGACUGCGGUAUGUUCCGGAGUGCGGCGUACAAGAGAUGGUCCCUUCAAAGUAGAGAAUGCAUUGACCCGCCAGCAGUGGACUAUUGAGAACAUCAUGCAAGCGAUCGGUCACUUUCGAAGCACUGCUCGCGAAAUCAGGAAGUCUGGAAUGUACAGACAGACUGUUGCCCAAUCAAACACAAGUACAGAGCAAGAGCAAAGAAACCAAGAGCAUCUUGAAAUUCAAAAUGUAACUUGUGAUACGAUUGUAGACGGAGAGUUACCUGAAACACAGGAUGAAAGGAGAACAAAAUGUUAAGCGAUUUUAAUAUUUUACGCAAUUGAAAUGAUUUUGGAUGUUUAUGUUUGUAAGUUGAGGGUAUAAAUAAAUUUAAUUUAUUAACUUCAAAUGCUUUAAUUGUUAUACGUGCAUACAUCAUCAUUAAAAGUAAGUUCAGUGUCCAAAACAUUUGUUAUCUUUACUGCACCUCAAUGUAUUGUAUGAUGUUCCGUAAAAGAAAAAAAAACUAAACUAUAUAUUUGAAUGCAAGACUUGCUUUCAACUUGUUUUUUCUUUUUUUAAAGGAAAACCACCGCCGUUUUACUAUGUUCUUACCUCAACUAGCCCCAUUCAUUCCUUAGGAUCCAAACAGGGACGAAUUUAGAAGCCACCAAACACUUCCAUGUGCUAUUCCGCUAUACAAUAUAGUUUUUUAUCUGCUUAAAAAAAUGCCGCGUUUUAUUUUGUACCACCAUACUUACUCAUAUAACUACUUAAUGUAACAAUCUUUAAAUAGGGAAAACAUGGAAGUGUUUGGUGGUUUCUAAAUUCAUCCCUGUUUGGAUCCUAAGGAAUGAAUGGGCUAGGCUAAAUGAUAACACAUUCACAACGCGCUGUUCAAAGAUUAAGCGCACGCAUUGAAAAAGAUAGGUAUGUAUUAAUUCAUCUUAGUUUAGGUAAGAACAUAGUAAAAUAUUGAAAAACUGGUAAUUUCCAUUAAGCCAGAAAUUAAAACUGAAAUCUUGUUUUUUUCAUUUACAUUAUUAUCUCUAAGCUUCGUUUUUGCAGGAAAACUUUAAAUUAUCUACCUGGAAUGUAAUGUAUACAUCAAAAUGUGAUUACAUUAAAGAUAAAUCCUUUUCUAAAUA